AGACAAGAAGAAAGCAGGAGAGAGGCGAGGAGUGGAAGGCGAGAGGCCUCCUGAUUAUAAAGCCAUGAGCACCCUUCGAUGGGGGCUUCUGCUCAGCUGCCUGGGCUGUGCGCUCCCGCCGCGGGUGCGGGCGCAGUUCCCCCGGGUCUGCAUGACGGUGGGCAGCCUGCAGGCCAAGGAGUGCUGCCCGCCGCUGGGCGCCGACACGGCCGACGUCUGCGGCUCUCGGGAGGGCCGGGGCCAGUGCGCGGAGGUGCAGACCGACACCAGGCCCUGGAGCGGUCCUUACGUCCUGCGUAACCAGGACGACCGAGAGCGGUGGCCACGGAAGUUCUUCGACCGGACCUGCAGGUGCACAGGAAACUUCGCCGGCUAUAACUGUGGAGACUGCAAGUUUGGCUGGACUGGCCCCAACUGCGAGCAGAAGAAACCCCCGGUUGUCCGGCAGAAUAUCCACUCCUUGACCCCUCAGGAGCGUGAGCAAUUCUUGAGCUCCUUAGACCUCGCAAAGAACACGCCGCAUCCCGACUACGUGAUCACCACGCAACACUGGCUAGGCCUGCUCGGGACCAACGGGACCCAGCCACAGAUCGCCAACUGCAGCAUUUAUGACUUCUUUGUGUGGCUCCAUUAUUAUUCCGUCAGAGAUACAUUAUUAGGACCAGGGCGCCCAUACAAGGCCAUAGAUUUCUCACACCAAGGCCCCGCCUUUGUGACCUGGCACCGCUACCAUUUGUUGUGGCUGGAAAGAGAUCUCCAGCGCCUCACCGGCAAUGAGUCCUUUGCUUUGCCCUACUGGAACUUUGCCACCGGGAGGAACGAGUGUGACGUGUGUACAGACCAGCUGCUUGGGGCUGCAAGACAAGAUGAUCCGACUCUGAUUAGUCAGAACUCCAGAUUCUCCAGCUGGGAAAUUGUCUGUGAUAGCUUGGAUGACUACAACCGCCGGGUCACCCUGUGUAAUGGAACCUAUGAAGGUUUGUUGAGAAGAAAUCAAGUGGGAAGAAACAGUGAGAAACUGCCAACUUUAAAAGACAUACAAGAUUGCCUGUCUCUCAAGAAGUUUGACAAUCCUCCUUUCUUCCAGAACUCUACGUCUAGCUUCCGGAAUGCUCUGGAAGGAUUUGGUAAAGCAGACGGGACCCUGGACUCUCAAGUGAUGAACCUUCAUAAUUUGGUUCAUUCCUUCCUGAACGGGACGAAUGCUUUGCCACAUUCUGCUGCCAAUGAUCCUGUUUUUGUGGUCCUUCAUUCCUUUACUGAUGCCGUUUUUGACGAGUGGAUGAAAAGAUUCAAUCCCCCUGCGGAUGCCUGGCCUCAGGAGCUGGCACCCAUUGGUCACAAUCGGUUGUAUAACAUGGUUCCUUUCUUCCCUCCGGUGACUAAUGAGGAACUCUUUUUAACUGCAGACCAGCUUGGCUAUAGCUAUGCCAUUGAUCUGCCAGUUGAAGAAACUUCGGAUUGGACCACAACCCUCUCAGUGCUUAUGGGGAUGCUGGUGGCUUUGGUUGGUCUUUUUGCACUGCUGCUUCUCCUUCAAUACAGAAGACUCCGAAAAGGAUAUACACCCUUAAUGGAGACACAAUUAAGCAACAAGAGAUACACAGAAGAAGCCUAGAUGCUCACGCCUUACCCUAGAGAAGAGGCUG